AUGUCUCCCCUCAUCAUGCAAGGCAGUAGCGUUGACAGCACGCUUCACGGAGCAUAUACCGCCUCCCCAACCAAGUACAUGCUCUACGGAUGCAUCACCUCUCUUCCAACCGUUAUCGCCAAUCUCGGUGCGUCAAAAGCGUUCAUCAUCACCGGCAAAUCUCUACGUGAGAAAACGCCAGUGAUCAGCUCUAUUGAGGCGAUAUUGGGUGAUGCGCAUCAUGCCGGCACGUAUAGCGGGGUACGGGAGCAUGCUCCCGUAGCCGACAUCGAGGCCGCUGUCGCGGCCGUUAGGGAAUCCGGUGCUGACGUGCUGCUCUCCGUCGGUGGCGGGUCGCCCAUCGAUGCUGCCAAAGCUGUCGCAUAUCAUUUGUACAAAGAAAAUGCGAAGGGUGGGCAAGGCAAGGCGGAAGCGAAAUGGAUACCCAGCAUUGCAGUGCCGACCACGCUGAGCGUGGCGGAGACUACGAAGAACGCCGGGUUUACGAGUGCAGAUGGGAGCAAGGUUGCGGUUGCGGACGUGGAGUUGGUGCCGAAGGGUUAGUUCUGUGAUAUAUGACGGGGAUAUUG